GUGCGAGCGCAGGCGGGGAGGGGGCUCGCUCAGGACCCGGAGGCCCCGCUCGCAGGUCCCGGGGUCCCGGUGGCGGCCGGAGCGCUCGGUCCGCAGGCGGCGGGCAGGUGGGCCCCUCCCGCCCCACGCGCGCGCCGGCCUGCCCCCGGCCGCCCUCCUUGGCUCCCGCGCGGCGGCGGCGGCCGUUCCUCCCCCUCCCCCAACCCUGGCUCCGGGGGACCCCGCGAUGCCGGUCCGCACCGAGUGUCCCCCGCCGGCCGGUGCCUCGGCCGCUUCGGCCGCCUCGCUCAUCCCGCCGCCGCCCAUCAACACCCAGCAGCCCGGCGUGGCUACUAGUCUGCUCUACAGCGGCUCCAAGUUCCGCGGCCACCAGAAGAGCAAGGGGAACUCGUACGACGUGGAGGUGGUGCUGCAGCACGUGGACACGGGGAACUCGUACCUCUGCGGGUAUCUGAAGAUCAAGGGCCUCACCGAGGAGUAUCCAACCCUCACGACCUUCUUUGAAGGAGAGAUCAUCAGCCGAAAGCACCCGUUCUUAACCCGCAAGUGGGACGCGGACGAGGACGUCGACCGCAAGCACUGGGGCAAGUUUCUGGCUUUUUAUCAGUAUGCAAAGUCAUUUAAUUCAGACGACUUUGAUUACGAAGAGCUGAAGAGUGGGGACUAUGUCUUCAUGAGGUGGAAGGAGCAGUUCCUGGUCCCAGACCACACGAUCAAAGACAUCAGCGGUGCUUCCUUCGCCGGCUUCUACUACAUCUGCUUCCAGAAGUCGGCGGCCUCCAUAGAGGGCUACUAUUACCACCGGAGCUCGGAAUGGUACCAGUCGCUCAACCUCACGCACGUCCCCGAACACAGCGCGCCCAUCUACGAGUUCCGGUGACAGCAGCGGGACAGCAGCCGAGUAAACUGACCUUUGGCAGAAAAGCACUUCGCCACCAAGAUUGUGUACCUGCCAGAGCCAGGAGGUGUGUCCUGUCUCCCCGCGAGCAGACUGGCGUCAGAAAGCGUGACUGUGCACCCACAGACCCGGGCAGCGGGCGGCCGGCCGGGCAGGCAGACGCGGCCUCGGCCCGUCCCUGGCCGGGCAGUGUGGUCUUAGGCUGUGUUUAAGCGACCUUUCGAGCACUUUCCUCCCCGCGUAGCUGCUUCUCUGUCACCGAGACGGCCCUCCCUCCUCCCCCAGCCUUGGUGCUCAGCGGCCCCCACCCAGGACCCUGCCCCCCGUUCCUUAGUCUGGUAGCUCAAGAGAAGGCAGGGCCCCAGCGCAUGUGCCCCCCAAGAGCUGCGCAGGGCGUAGGGGAUCGCCAGUGGGGUCAGGGCGCUGCCCAGCCCUGUGAUGUUGGCGCCAAGGCGGGCGGUGGCCGGCGGGUUCCUCGGGCCUGCGUGGGGUCCCCGGGUUUAAGGCUUCCCGACCCCUGGCAGGAACAGCUUCCAGUCCUGCUUACUCAGCACGUUUGCUCCAAACUUUUGAACUUGAGGGCAAUACUAACCUUUAAAAAAAGAAAAAAGAGGUUUUUUUAUUACAAAAUUAUUUUUAUGGUCCCUUUAACAAGGACCCUGUGACAAAUGCACAAUUAUUCAGAAUUACAUUUUAGCGUUUUCACAUUGAAAACAGCAAAUGUUGACCUAGUAAUUUUUAUACUUAUAUCUAUAUGUAAGUGUAUAUUUAAUCAACCAGCAGUUCGCAACUGGUCGUCCUGGUACAGAAGUUUUGCAGCGCGGCGUAAAUCAAAGCGCUAAACACGGGCACCGUUCUGGGGCCAGUUUAGCGCUUGUACCUCCUCCUCUGCUGCAGACAGCGGGGCUUCGUGCAACCUUCUCCAUCCGGCAGGAGGGGCGCCCCUAAACCAUCAGCUCGGCGGGGGCGGGGCGGGAGCACGCGCACGCGCACCCCCGGAGAACGCGAGGCUCUCGUGCCAAAGUGUGUGUGUGCGCGUGUGUGCAAGGUGGUUUUGUUUUAUUUAAAUGUGUGGAAAGCUUAAGGUGGCAUCAGCCACCUCUGCAGGUGCGGGCAGGGCCCAGGGGAUUGGCAUUGUGUGGGGUUUACAAGACUCGCUCGGAACACGAGAGGGGAAGCUUGUGACAGCGAGGCAGCGUCAUGCGUGACCCAGGGAGCAAGACAAGCGAGCGUUGUGUCCGUGGGUUGUGUCCGUGGUCGAGGGAGAAGGCACAGCCCUGCGCCUGGGUGGGGGGUGCGGGGGGCGUUCGGAUUCUCAGAAGUGACUUCCUGGAUCAGCGACCGUACUGCAUGGUCCUGAGCGUGCGUGUCAGGCGAAGCCUUAAAGGAGAGGUAUCGGGGAUGGCGUGGGUGGGCGUCGGGACCCCUGGGCUGUGUGGUCCUGAGGCCCCCUGCAGAGCUGCAGCCAGCCCACCAGAAAGGCCAGGGCCUGGGGACCGGGAACAUAGCCGGGUGGCUCCCGUGGAAGGAUGUGCAUGUGGUGCAUCUCCAGAGGCGAGUCCCAUGUUUUCCUGAUUUAAAGCCCUGAAGGGCAGCAGAGUGGCCAGCUCUGGUCAGAGCCAGUUGGUGCAGCAAAGAGACCUCCUGCCACCUCAGUUCAGGGACGGCCACCUGCGUUGUACCCGGUCCUUGAAGGACUCAGGUGGGGGUGAGGUCACCCUGGAGCUGGCUGGGCCCUCUAGUGGGCAGUCGGCGGGCAGGGUGUCUGCACUCAUGGCUGCCACGCUGCCGCCUAGUGGGCCAGGCUGCGCGUGGGGACUGAGCCAGGUACCUCUGCUGGCCCUUGGGGGACACGUCUCUGCUGAGGACUGGUUUUCGUGCCACCCUGUCUGUUGAGGAUGCCGAAGAGAUGGCAUCGUGUCCCCAUAGCAGCUCACAGAGCAGCCCCUGCCCUGCCCUCCCCCGGUGCCGGUUCCAGAGAGUCUGGCGGCUGUCCCCAUCUGCUGCUUCUGUCCUGGACCUGUUCCCCGUUAGAAACGGGUGCAAACGGCAGGUUUCCAGCCGCCCUCCCCCACCCCGUCCUGAGGGCCCAGCUCCCCCUCUGCUCAGAAGGCUUCCACCCGCAGCCCCAGCCUCGCCACCCGCCUGCAGUGGGCAUCCCCGCCCCCCCGCCCCUUCUCACCUGACAGCGUCUCAGGUGUGGUCCCAAAGCAACCAAGCAACGCCUUGUGUGAGGCAGACGGCCCCUUGGCUGCUGGAUCCGUCCGUGGUGUGAGGCAUCACAGACUCCAGGGAGCAGAGGGGCUUUUCAAUGUCUUUUGCUUUCAGAAACAGGGAAUUUAUAUUCUAAGGCCUUGAAUUGAUUUUUUUUUCCUCAUAAAGUAGUCAGAUAAGCUAAUUUUUAAAAAGAAAUGCCAUUGAGGAUGUGCAUUGUGGUUUAAAAUUACUAACAAGUUCUGCGAAAGAAAAAUAAUAUUUGAUUUUGAAUCUUAUGUGUUUUUAAAAAUUAGAUUGGAGUGGACGAAAAAGAUGGGUUUUUUGUUUCUUCAGGGAGGACGUGUGAAAAGGGUUUUGAGGGUUUGGGCUGGGAGAAAUAUUUUGCAGAGCUAUCAAUGUCCAAAUAAUUUUUAAAAAAUAAUAAAGGUAUUUAAGCAGUGAA